CUUGUUAGGGCCUGACCUUCAUCCCCCACCUCCCUGCAGGCAGCUAUCGAACAUCUCAUCCGUGUGUGGGAGAGAAGACCUGUCAGAAGCAAUCAGAGACGUACAACUUCUGUGCAGCGCACUUCAACUGGCGUUUUCUGAGUUGCUGCCCGACAACCCUCCUGAAUGAAUGAGUGGGUGGGCCCCGACAUCAAUGUGGUGGGACCACUGCAAAUCCCACCCAGCGAUGAAUUCUCCAUCUCAGAAAGCUCCCACUUGUUUGAGAUGGCCAUGGUCCAGACCAAGUCUUCAAAAGAUAUUCUGGCAGAUCAAGGCAGUCCUCUACUGCAGGAUCCCGACAUAUUACCCUUCAGCAGCUAUCCCAGCAUGCAGUACCCGUCCAUGGAGCCAACCAUGUCUUCCACACCAUACUACUCCAGUCAGAACUACUACCCUCAAUACAGUGGAGAUGAGUGGUACUCACACACAGGGAUAUAUGAACUGAGGAAAGGACCUCUCGAGGUCAAUUAUGAUGCGGAGAGGGAGGAGGUGUCCACGGUGGUGCCUGCUGUGUGCAAGAGGACCCGGCACAUCCCGCAGGCUGGAAGGGUCAAAGGGGAGGAACUGUGUGUUGUGUGUGGAGACAAGGCCUCUGGAUACCACUAUAACGCUCUCACCUGUGAGGGAUGUAAAGGUUUCUUCAGACGGAGCAUAACAAAGAACGCUGUGUACAAAUGCAAGAGUGGCGGAAACUGUGAGAUGGACAUGUACAUGCGCAGGAAAUGCCAGGAGUGCCGACUAAGAAAGUGCAAGGAGAUGGGCAUGCUGGCAGAAUGUCUGCUGACAGAGAUCCAGUGUAAAUCUAAAAGGCUGCGCAAGAACACCAAGGCCUCCCCGGGACAGUCGACCGGAGACGAGACAGAGGGGGCGGACAACAUAGACAACAAACAGGUCACCUCAACCACCAAACUGUCAAAGGAAAAAGUUGAAAUUACAAAAGAGCAGCGGGCACUGAUGAAAGUCGUUGUAGACGCUUACAACAGACAUCAAAUUCCUCAAGAUGUGGCCAAAAAACUGCUACAAGAACAGUACAGCGCAGAGGAAAACUUCCUACUAUUGACAGAAAUGGCAACAAGUCAAGUCCAAGUUCUAGUGGAGUUUACAAAAAAUAUUCCAGGCUUUCUGUCUCUGGAUCAUGAAGAUCAAAUCGCUCUGCUGAAAGGUUCGGCUGUGGAAGCCAUGUUUCUGCGCUCUGCUCAGGUUUUCAGCAGAAAGAUGCCGAACGGACACACGGAAGUUUUGGAAGAGAGGAUACGUAAGAGUGUUGCUUGUGUGUUUUCUGCAGGUAUAUCAGAUGAGUUUAUCACACCAUUGUUCAACUUUUACAAAAGCAUUGGUGAACUCCACAUGGCGCAGGAGGAACAGGCCCUCCUCACCGCCAUAACCAUCCUGACACCAGACCGGCCUUAUGUGAAGAAUCAGCAGGCUGUCGAGAGACUUCAGGAGCCAAUGCUGGACGUGCUGAGGAAGCUGUGUGUCCUGCAGCAUCAACAGGAGCCACAAUACUUUGCUCGUCUCCUGGGCCGACUGACGGAGCUGAGGACACUCAACCACUAUCACGCAGAGAUGCUCACAUCCUGGAGGAUGAAUGACCACAAAUUUACCCCGCUGCUCUGUGAGAUCUGGGAUGUGCAGUGACACACCGGGAGAAGGUGUCAAGUGGUAGUUUGGGGAUGAUAAUAUGGAC